AUGGACCGACCAAUGCUUCAGUCGCUGCUCUCAGAGCGGCAAUCCUGGCUGGCCUUGAGGGAUUUGCCUCGGGACGACUUGCUGGCAGCCCAGCAGACGAUCGGCUCCGAUUGCUCUGGACUUGACUGCUGCAUCUAUGCCCUACGCAAGCUGGGGAUCGAGCACAAGCAUCUGUUCAGUUGUGACAACGACGACCAUGCGAGGCAGUGGGCAGCGAAAAACCACAGUCCACACAGGUAUUAUGAGGACCUGAGGGACAGGCGGUCGAGGUCGGAUCAGGACAAGAAGAUCACUGGCUAUAUUACUGGUUUUCCUUGCCGUCCUUUUUCGGUGCAGAAUUCCAGCAGCAGAGGAAUGAGCCACAAAGAUGCUGAUCUGCCAGCAUGUGUGGUGGCCGAGACCAUGCGUGCAAGGCCACAGUGGGCCGUGUACGAGAACGUCCUCGGCUUGAGGCAGUACCUGCAUGGCCCUAGAGGCGUCUUCAGCAUAUUCCAGAAGGGGGGACUGCUCAAAGAGUACUUUGUUUUCGUCCUACCGAUUGACCCGCAGAAAACACUUCGAGUGCCGCAUCGCCGGCCACGCCUGUACUUCGUGUUGGUUCGGAAAGCAGAUGCGGUUUGUUCCAAUGUUGGCUACCUCUCUGAGCUCAUCCAGACGUUGCUGGAGAAGCUGACGACCGAGGUUCGCCGCCGUCCCUGCCCAGGAUUGCCCGACUUGCAAGGCGAGACAGUCUCUGCUGAGACGUGCAAGGGGCGACCAAACGGCAAGAUUCAGAAGCAACAAUGGCCAAAAGUGCACAAAGCUUUCUGCGAGAAGAACGGAAUCCGGCCGAAGACCUUCUCUGAGAGCCAAGCCCCAGGACUGACGCCACGAGAACGGGACGUCCUUGGCAUUUGUGUGGCCCAAGCUCGGCAGCAAAGGGCAUCUCGGGACGACUUCCAGAUCGUGGACGUGUCGCAAUCCGCACAUCGUGCGCCUACGGCUUUCAACGGCGUGCCGUGCCUGACCACGUCCUCCAAGCUGGUCCUGGUGCCCCCUGGUGCGGACAAGUGCAAGGUCCUGUCAGGGCGAGACAAGCUUCGUUUGAUCGGAAUCAUGCCGGAGCAGUGCGUCAUUGAGAACGAGACAAUGGCCAACGCCUUGCAUCGGCUCUGUGGGAACGCCAUGCACGUGGACGCGGUCGCCCUUGCAAUGGUCUUGGGAAUGUCCUUGGUGUCGUGGAAGCAUUGCGAUAAGCUGGAGAGCACUGCAGCCUGCCAUUCCAACGCGGUCGUCUUCACGUUCCAGACCGUUGAGAAAGGCAAGCGUCCUGAAGGCCUGCCUCGCAAGGCGCUGCUGUCCAUGAAGCGUUUGCGCAAUGGCAAGGGCAAGGCCGCGAGGUCGCGGUCGUCGGUGUCGCAUGCCACAUGCCAGGUUCACAGUGACAGGAAACGAAAGUCUGCCGCGCAGUCCAGCGAUGCACCGAAGAAGAGGAGAUCACUUGGCAGUCUUUUUGGAUGA